AACACGAGUAGCGGUGAAUUUUCUGUUAUAUUUUAAUACAAAAAUUAUUGCAUUCAUUUAGGUUAUCCUUGUUAAAUUGUGUUAUAAUACCUUUUCAACAAGCAGUAUAAAAUGGAACUAGACCCUAAUACUUGGCUAGUUGAAUUAACUGAAGAAGAUGAUGCUCUUCUUAAUGAAGCCAUUUGUAUGAGCACAAAUGAAUUAAACAAAAUAGUACACACUAAAAACGAAGAUAAAAAAAGCGAAAAUCCUUUAGAAACUAAAUUUUGUGAAACUAAGGCACAUAUCAAUAAUGAUCAACAGAAUAAGGAAGAUAUUAGUUCAAAUGUAGAAAUUGAUAGUAUAUCUAAAUUCAGAGAAAAUCAAACAAAUAAUACAAUUAGUGUAAAAUAUGAAGAUAAUGUAAAGAAUAAACCAGAUGAUUUAAAUAGUUUUCGCAAACGAGCUAGGGAAAAUCAAGUAAACAAUGAAGAUGCAAAAGUUUCUCGGACUAGACGUUAUAGUGAUUCAAGUUCUACUACCAAUUCUUCAGAUAGUGGUAAAAGACGUGUUGAAUAUGAAACAGAUCCCAGAGUAUUAGCUCGUAGACAAAAAGAAAUAGAUUAUGGAAAAAAUACUAUUGGUUAUGAUAGAUAUAUCCAGAUUGUGCCUAAAGAGAAACGUACAAGAGAACAUCCAAAAACACCACCAAAGUAUAUUAAAUAUAGUAGAAGAGGAUGGGAUAGCUUAGUAAAGUUGUGGAGAAAACAACUUCAUCAGUGGGAUCCUCCACAAGAUAGCAAUAGUACUGAUUGA